AUGACUGACGAGCUGAGGCCAGUUCCUUCGGCCCACUCUAUCGCGGAUGGCUUCUCCCCGAUCCGCGAGGUCGCGUUCAUCAUCAUUGUUUGUAUGUCGCAGUUCAUCACGCAGGCAAACAUAGGAGUAUGUGUGGCGACACUGGAUAUCGUUGGAGACAGCUUCCAUAUCACUGAACCUGGUGUUUUGUCCUGGUUUAUCGCUGGCUAUUCGUUGACCGUCGGUACUUUCAUCUUGGUAUUUGGCCGCUUUGGCGAUGUCUUCGGCUACCACCGAAUGUUCCUGGUUGGCUACAUCUGGCUGGCAAUCUGGUCCCUGGUGGCAGGCCUCAGCGUGUACUCCAACCAUGUGCUAUUCAUCUUUGCCCGAGUCCUGCAGGGCCUGGGCCCAGCCAUGCUGCUCCCCAACGGCCUGGCGGUGCUCGGGGCAACCUACGCCCCCGGAAAGAAGAAGAACAUGAUCUUUGCCAUCUUCGGCGCCACUGCCCCCAACGGUGCAAUUCUGGGUGCCGUCUUCUCGUCACUCUUCUCCCAGUUAGCAUGGUGGCCAUGGACUUACUGGACCAUGGCGAUUGUCUCCGUGGUGUGUGCGCUUCUGGGCAGCAUGGUCAUCGCACCCGUCCAGCAUACAGAUUUCAGACAGUACACCUUCCUCCAGCUCCUCAAGACGCUAGACGUGUUCGCAUCCUCGCUAGGAAUCGCCGGACUGGUCUUGAUCAACGUUGCCUGGAACCAAGCGCCCAUAGUUGGCUGGAGCACGCCAUACGUGUACGUCCUUCUCAUCGUGGGGAUCCUGCUUCUCGCCGCCUUCUUCAUCGCCGAGCUCCACUUCUCUGAGAACCCCCUCGUCCCAAUGAGAGCCUUCACCGCAGACGUUCUAUACGUGCUGGGCUGCAUCGCCUGCGGCUGGGGCUCCUUCGGUAUAUGGGUGUACUACUUCUGGCGCUUCCAAGCGCAGUUCCGCGGCGUAUCACCUCUCCUUGGAUCAGCCGAGUUCACUCCCCCAGGCAUCGUGGGGUGUCUAGCCUGUUUCACCACGGGGUAUCUGAUGAGCCGCGUCCGUCCCGGGUGGAUCAUGCUCGCCUCCAUGACCUGUUUCACAGUCGGGAAUAUUUUCCUGGCCAUCGCGCCCGUGCACCAAACCUACUGGGCGCUCACGUUUGUCUGCUUGCUCGUUAUCCCCUGGGGAAUGGAUAUGUCGUUCCCGGCGGCCACGUUGAUGCUCUCCAACGCGUCUCGCAGAGAGCACCAGGGCGUGGCUGCGUCGCUUGUCACAACGGUCGUGAAUUACAGUAUCUCGCUUAGUCUGGGGUUCGCGGGCACCGUUGAGGUGCAUGUUAAUAAUGGGGGCCGGACACCCGCCGACGUGUUGAAGGGGUACCGUGGGUCGUCAACGAUCGCGUUUCAAUCGGUUAUAUCAUGUAUAUAUCCUGUCUCCUCUCUACAUGACAAACCAUCGCUGGGGACGCGAUUCAUGAGUAUGCGUUUACUCCGCACCAACUACAUGCCCCUGCAGCUACAGGAAUUUGGAGAGGACAAGAUCAACAAGGGCGAGGUUAAGUAUGCAAUUCUGUCGCACCGAUGGGGGGACGAUGAAACAAGUUUCCAGGAUCUAGGACACCUGGAGGAAGACGGGAAAAAAGCUACCAAAGGGUACAAGAAAAUCCAGCGCUUCCUCGAGCGAGCAGCGAAAGAUGGAUACGACUACGCCUUGAUCGACACUUGUUGCAUCAACAAGGAAAGCAGCGCCGAGCUAUCCGAAGCCAUCAACUCCAUGUUCCGGUGGUACCACCUGGCCGGGAUAUGCUAUGCGUACCUUCAGGACGUCUAUCCGAGCAAGAACCCAGCGAAUGUGGACACCCAGCUUCAGAGAAGUGAAUGGUUCAAACGGGGCUGGACGUUGCAGGAACUGAUCGCUCCGCCGAAUUUGGUUUUUCUCUCGCGGGACUGGACUGAUAUAGGAGAUAAGAAUGAUCGGAGCCAACUGAUAUCCAAGGUUACGCUGAUAGAUGAGAGCGUUCUGCGAGGAAAGACUCGACUGGGCGAUUGUAGCGUCGCAAAGAGGAUGUCGUGGGCUUCGUCCAGGGUAACAACCAGAACGGAAGAUACCGCGUAUUGUCUCAUGGGUAUCUUUAAUGUGAAUAUGCCCUUGCUCUACGGAGAAGGCAGGAAGGCUUUUAUUAGACUCCAGGAGGAGAUCAUGAAAGGGUCCGAUGACCAGAGUCUUUUUGCCUGGGACGCCUCUGACCUUCAAGGCUUCAACAGCACCGGUCUGUUAGCGCUCACACCGGGCUUUUUCAAGAACUCCAGGAAUAUCGUCCCGUUCCGAUCUCUGAAGAAUAGCUCCCCUUACUCAGUGACUAACAAGGGAAUCCGACUGCAGUUACCGCUGAUUACCAUCAGAGAUGGUGGAGGGAAAACCUUUGGACGUGAAAUCGUCAAACAAAGAAAGGCGCUUCUGUUGGAAUGCCAGGAGGUGUCGGCGGAUCACCGUGCGAAACCAGUAGCUGUAAUGUUGGGUCAAUUAUCUGGGAGUGACUCGCAGUUCAUUCGCAUCAAUCGUAGCCUUCACAGAUACCUGUCGUGGGCUCACCUCCGGUUCGUUGAGCCUUCGGAGAUAUAUGCAAGGAAGAUCUACCAGGGCUUCGAGGAGGCUGUUAUAGAGCCUGCAAGAAAAUUCACAGACCCGGACGCGGGCCUCAGCAAACCCCAGCGCAACAUGGUUUUAUUUUUUGACGAUAGAUAUUACAAUGGCUUUCCCAAAGGUAAUGGAUCCGCGAUUGAGACCAUACACGAUCUUGUUAGCGAUGCCAGCAACGUGCAGGUUUGCUACUACGAUCAACCCACCACGGAUGAUAACAUCGAAAAGCGUGUAAUGCGCGCGCACAAGUGGUGUGUGGACAACUAUGACCGCAGGAACAAAUGGUACAUAUUUGGCUUUGCAAGCGGUGGCUUCGUAGCACAGAUCCUGGCUCAGAUUCUGGAAUUCACAGGAAUACGUACACCGCACAUUCACGUCCAGCAUGACAUAUGGGGUUCUUAUAAAGCCUGGUAUCAUGCGGUGUCGCGCGGGAAUCCAGAUUCAGCGAGAGGUGACUUUUCUGAAUUGACCUCAAUUCGAGGCUGGACCCACGAAUGCGCAGUUACCUUCUUGGGUCUGUUUGAUUCAGUCAACAGAGCACCUGGCUGUAACCUGGCAAGGGGGACUAGCGGUCGUCAGAAAGAGGAAAACCUACCAUCUGUUGUUACACAUCCUGGUCUUGUCGUCCGCCAUGCUGUGGCCAUUGACGAACAAGACCCUUCAUUACGCCCCAACCUGGGCUACGAAGCAGCCGAAUGUAUGCAUGACUUCCAAGAGAUUUGGUUUCUGGGUGGACAUGCGGACAUUGGCGGAGUAACAGACACAGACCCCAAUGAGAAAUGGAAACUAGGCCAUAUUCCUCUGGUCUGGAUGAUUCGCGAAGCCACAAGAGCUGGACUGGGCAUCGAUCCGUAUAAGCUACGGGAUUACUUUGAUCUUGGCGAGUUAAAACAGGACCAACCUCCCCCGAGUGACGAAGACCUUCUAGAAAGCAUAUUCUCCAGCGACCAACUAAAGGACGGGCUAUACCGCGCAGCCAAACUAAGUCAUAUACACGACCACUGGAUGUCCCGUUACCCAUCGAGCCCGCGAUCAAUCCUCACGACAAGCGUGCUAGAAAGCAUCCCUGGCUUCGACAUAAGCAUAAAGACCUUUUCUGCAAGAACAGUUAUCCUCAAGGAGCAAUUCUUCGGGAACCGACUAUGGCGCAGCACAUUGAACCGCUUUCGUGGUCCUGGAUUCUCCUCACAAGAAGCAAAGCCAAGCCGAGACCUCAGUCAGGAUUGGGUGAAGGAGUUUCUGUACUUCCAAAUGCGGUACUCGUCUCCGAAGAAACUAUCCCCGACAGGCUUCGACGAGCAAUUCCGAAUGGUGCUUCAUAUCACGUCUCUGUCGUCCAUAGAAUGUGCUCCAAGGAUGGCAGGUACCGACCGACUAACCCAAUUGAUGUCUUUGUUAUCCUAG